CAGGGACGCUGCCAGCACGCAGGCCCCGACGGAAGCCGAGACUGCGCUUCGUGCGAGGCCCGGGCAGCAUCGGCGGCGUGGUCAGAGCGAGUCUCGGAGAAGAUGUGGUGGCUUCCGUUUGUUGGUGGAGGAGGUGGCAGGCCUCGGCGUGGCAGCAGCACCUUCCUGGAAGAGGAUCAGGAAACACCCACUGUGGCCCCUCUCCAUCACGACCUCAUCCAGGACACCAAGUAUCAGUCACUCAGCUCACGAGACCCAGGCCCUGACUCAGGAAGAGAGGAUGUGAGGUGUGGGGCACCAGGCUCCUCAGGACUGAGAGACCUGAGAUGUGGCCCCGGGCUGGGUGUUGGGGCAGACUGGCUAUGGCAGCAUUGUGUGUACCCCAGCAGGCCAGUACCACGCAGGGAGCCUCCAAAUCCCUUCACCCAUGACCCUGGGAGAAGACCCCAGCCUUGGAGAAUUGGCCUCACUGAAGGGGCCUGCGCCAGCCAGCAGGGUCAGGCGGGGCCAGACAGGUUCCCACCUGGGAUAUGCAAAUGGGCCUCCUGAAUCCUGGAGCCAGGUAUGGACUCACACACCACCAUUGUCCCAAAGUCCCCAUCUGCCCCACGGACACACCCUGCCACCUGUUCUGUGCAAGGGCCCUGAGGCUGUCUCCUUGCGCUCAAGCCCUGCAGGUGCUGAAGCCCACACACACAGCUCCUGCUUCCUGGGCCAGUGCACGUGCACACACACACACACGCACACACACACACCCACACAUAUACAUACCCACACACAAUCACACACAUUCACACAUACCCACACCCCCCAUACUCACACUCACACACACACACCCACAAACACCCACACAUACACUCACACACACAAUCACACACAUUUACACACACCCACACACCCACACACACACUCACACACUCACAGUCACACACACCCUCCCACAGCAAAACACAAUCACACAAAUUCACACCCACCCACACCCCCACACACUCACACUCACAUAUACUCACACCCACACACACCCACACACUCACACAAACACAAUCACACACAUUCACACCCACCCACACCCCACAAACACACUCACACAUAUACCCACACACACUCACACUCACACAUAAUCUCACACACACACACACAUGCUCACACACACACGCCUUCUCCAGGAGGGGCUGGCUGCCAAGGGCCACCCAGCUUCCUCCCACGUCUCACUCACCGUACAACAUUUGAGCAGACCUUGGAGUCAGCAGCAACAGCAGUGUGGACAAAGGCCUGGGGGCCACUUGGGGCCUGGUGUCGAGAGAGGAACACAGCCAGCACAAUCACAGCCAGCGCCAGCCCCAGCCCCAGCCCCAGCAGGACCAGGUCAACCAUGGCUCCGCAGUCCUGGGCCAUGGCUCUGCGGCCCAGAAGGAGAGGGGAGGCCGGUGGGCAGACAGAGGGACAGAUGGUUGGGCAGAUGAAUGGGCAAGAAGAUGCAUAGAUAGACUCACAGGUAAUUGGACAGAUGGACAAACAGGUGGGGGCUUAAGACAGACACGAAGAUGGAUCGACAGACAGGCCAGAUAGCUAGAAAAAGAGGACAGUAAGAGAAAGAUGGUCAGAUAGACAAUGGGACAGAGAUGGGCUUACAGAUGGGCGGACAGACAGACAGGUCUGAACAGCGGGCUGCCAGAUGGACAGAUGGGUGAAUGGACAGAUGGCUGGCAGCUGUGGUGAGCUGCUGCCCUCACCAAGUGCACACUACGGAGUGGCCAAACUCACGCCUCAACUUCUAGUUUUCAGCUCCUGCUUGUUCCUGGCAGGAGGCCAGGCAGCAAAGCGUCUAAGGGGAGUUUUCUUUGCCUAGAGAAGUCAGCUGCUGUGUUAACUCCCUCACUGCUGGUAGGUCCAAAGGCCCCACCUACCGCCUGACAGAGCCCAUGGUCACACUGUCGCAAUGUGCAGGAGAACUUGGUGCCUGCUGCACUGCUGUUGCCAGGUAGGGGCAGGGCUCCCUGGAACCUCCACACCAUUCCCCAUGUUCUCAGCAGCUCUGGGAAAGCAGAGCUGGGGCCGCUUAACUCUGCCCUGGAUCCGGCAAGGCUGCCCCCCUCCCAGAGUGGAGCCCUGCUCCCCAGCUCCCAUCUCUAUCCCCUAACCCUCUCCACAUGGCCCAGCCUAGUCAGCAUCAAGGUGGAGCUGAAGAGAGGCAGAAGGAGGAGGACCCAAGGUGGUGUCACUCGGGACCCGGGUUCAAGUCCUUAUGCUUCUGCAGCCUGGCCUGGGUCCCCCAACCCCCCCAGGGUGGCCAAGGGCUUCCCAGUCUGCACAGAGGACAGGGGGACUUGACAGCAUCAAAUGCUGGUGACUACGAGACACUGACGUGGGAAAUGCAGACAGACCAUGCCUCUAGCCCUUGGUACCCGGCACCAUCCAUCCCUGGGACUUGCUGUCCUGGAAAUGCAGCAUGGACCUCCAGGGAGGGGGGCUGUGCCAUGUGGGGGCCCCACCCCACCUGCAGCUCUUUCCCCACCCUGGCUGCAGGUCUGCUUCCCUGAAUCCAAAUCCGCUACUACUGUGCUGGCAGCGCAGCCUCUCUGGGGACACUGUCCUGGCUCUGUUCUCCCCAGGCCUCAGGGUGCCUAAAUGGGAGGCAGCCAGGGGAGUGAGGACCCACUGAGGGGCUCCGUUGACCAGCCUCAGCAGGGGUGCAGGUGAUGUGGGGUGGAAUCCUUCCCACAUGGCCCCUACAGUCCUCCCCGCUUCCUCCCUAGCUGAACACUGCCUGCUCCAGAUGUCUACACCUGGAGUCCGGGCGCCUCCAUCUGGGUAGCAGAGAAACUGAGGCACAGAGACAGACUGUGUCCUUACAGGCCACACAGCCUGCCAGGCCCCUAUGUCUGGCCAGAGCCCCUGGUCAGCCUGGGCUGCAGUGAUUGUUUAGAGGUAGGCUGUUCCCACGGCUGCCUCUCACGGUAUAGGGGCCUGUGGACGCCUCCUCCCGCCCCCACCCGACUCCCAAGCCUCAGUGACAUUGCUCAACCAGGAGCUGAAGUGCAUUCUUGGGCUCAGGCCAGCCCACCCAUCGACCCGCUGCAGUCCUGGAAGCCCAGAGGCCUGGGCAGCAGGAACAGUGGAGACAGCAGUGUGGGGGACGUCCUCCCUCCUCUCCCCACCAUCCUCGUCAGGCAGAGGCCAGGGUGCAGGGACCACCCGAGCAAAGGCCCAGGGAAAUGAAUGGGUGUCAUUCUGGUCCUGACCCGAGGCACAGCCAGGAAGGUCCCUGUGGGGGAAAGAAAGAGAUAUCAGACUGUUACUGUGUCUAUGUAGAAAGAAGUAGACAUAAGAGGCUCCAUUUUGUUGUGUAGUAAGAAAAAUUCUUUUGCCUUGAGAUGCUGUUAAUCUGUAACCCUAGCCCCAACCCUGUGCUCACAGAAACAUGUACUGUGUCGACUCAAGGUUUAAUGGAUUUAGGGCUAUGCAGGAUGUGCUUUGUUAAACAAAUGCUUGAAGGCAGCAUGCUUGUUAAGAGUCAUCACCACUCCCUAAUCUCAAGUAAGCAGGGACACAAAACACUGCAGAAGGUCACAGGGACCUCUGCCUAGGAAAGCCAGGUAUUGUCCAAGGUUUCUCCCCAUGUGACAGUCUGAAAUAUGGCCUCCUGGGAAGGGAAAGACCUGACCAUCCCACAGCCCGACACCCAUAAAGGGUCUGUGCUGAGGAGGAUUAGUAAAAGAGGAAGGCCUCUUUGCAGUUGAGAUAAGAGGAAGGCAUCUCUCUCCUGAUUGUCCCUGGGCAAAGGAAUGUCUCGGUGUAAAACCCGAUUGUAUAUUCCAUCUACUGAGAUAGGAGAAAACUGCCUUAGGGCUGGAGGUGGGACAUGCUGGUGGCAAUAUUGCUCUUUAAUACAUUGAGAUGUUUAUGUAUAUGCACAUCAAAGCACAGCACCUUUUUCUUAACCUUGUUUAUGACACAGACAUUUGUUCAUGUGUUUUCCUGCUGACCCUCUCCCCACUAUUACCCUAUUGUCCUGCCACAUCCCCCUCUCUGAGAUGGUAGAGAUAAUGAUCAAUAAAUACUAGGGAACUCAGAGACUGGUGCCAGCGUGGGUCCUCCAUAUGCUGAGUGCAGGUCCCCUGGGCCCACUUUUCUUUCUCUAUA